UUCACAGAGAAGCCCUUGCUCUUCAUUUCGGCUGCCGAGGAGGAUGCAGAUCUCCAUGUGGGGUCAUGUGGAGGACGCGGUUAAUAAGUCCGAUCAGGUCAUCUUGCGUGCAGACUGACGACUUGGGAACAAGGAACGGGUUCAGGGUGUCACAGUUGCAGUGGAGUGGGGGUUAACGGGCAAACCAGGGUGCAAUCUUAUGGAUAGUACGAGCACAUAUGUAGGCAGUGAAGACGUGACAUGUCGGGAGCGAAUCGGCAAGGCCGCGCACGGACGGACGGAUUCAAGACAACAUGGCAAGAUGGGAUUUUGCGAGAAAGCCGAUGCGGGCGAGUCAACGAAUUGGGGCCUCGGCCGUGUUUCGGGCCGCCAGGGUCUCGGGCAGGGCCGCGCUAAAGCCUGGCGCCACAGGCGGUCUGGGCUUCGCUGCUCGUCCUCACGUCGUCCAUCUCGUGCGACUGGUCAGCGGCUCGACGGGCCUUGUGCUAGCUCUAGGCCGCUCUGCCCUACGCCUCUCGCAGGCCUGGAGCCAUGUGCGACCUUACGCCACGCAAUCUAGUUUUCACAGAUCGUCUGAUUCUUUAUACCGGCGUGUGCACUGUGCAGCUCCACCUACUCGUAGGCAGUUGCAGAUAGCAGCCACUCACCAUGUCUCCGAGAUUGUCGCUCCAAUUCUGCCCUGUCUCGGGACGCCAUUUCGUCAUGGCCCGCCGUGGCUGGAGAUUUCACGCGGCUCGGAGCGUGCAUGCUAA